AGCUCUCACGUGUAUUCAACAGCCGGCCCACGAAAACAUUGCCACCACGCUAUCAAAUAGUUUUAAAAUAAAAUAAAAUAAUUAGAUCUCCACUUGGAUAUAAGACACAACAGAGAGCAAAACAAUGAAGCGCCUUAGCGAGGAACGUGCCAAAAUACUUUUCGAGAAGCUGUCCAAAUUCAUUGGCACCAAUGUUCGGCAGCUUAUAGAUCGACCAGACGGCACCUAUUGCUUCCGGGAGCACAAGGAUCGCGUCUACUAUGUUUCCGAGCGCAUACUCAAGCUGAGCGAAUGCUUUGGCUACAAACAACUCGUGUGUGUCGGCACUUGCUUUGGCAAAUUCUCCAAGACGAACAAACUGAAGUUCCAUAUCACAGCGUUGUACUACCUGGCUCCAUAUGCCCAGUACAAGGUGUGGGUGAAGCCCUCAUUUGAGCAGCAGUUCCUCUAUGGCAAUCACAUACCCAAAUCCGGCUUGGGACGCAUAACAGAGAAUGCAGGACAAUAUCAGGGAGUUGUGGUGUACUCUAUGAGUGAUUUACCCCUCGGCUUCGGGGUCCUAGCGCGCUCCACAACUGAUUGCAAAACCGCUGAUCCUCUGACCACAGUUUGCUUCCAUCAAUCGGACAUUGGCGAGUACAUACGAGCGGAGGAUACGCUUUUUUAACUGAUACCCUGUUAGAUGUUAAGCUUGCUGUUAGUAAUAAAUGGAUUAAUAAGACAA